AUGUCCUCCUCGAGCAAGCAACUGUGCUCCAAGACAAGAACAGGUGGAAAGUCAUGUUCCUCCUUGUCAGAGAUCCGACUGGUUCUGCUGGGGAAGACGGGCAGUGGAAAAAGCUCCACUGGCAACUUUAUCCUGGGCCGUAAACUCUUUGAGGCAAAAGUCAGCAGCUGUUCGAUCACCCUUCGAUCCCGGAGGGCUUGUGGAGAAAUCUGCGGUAAGCACCUGGUGCUCUUGGACACUCCGGGAAUUCUGGACACUUCACGGACUCUGCAGGAGGUGCAGAGAGAGUUAAGGAAGUCUGUUAGUCUCCUCUUCCCAGGUCCACAUAUCUUCCUCCUCAUUGUUCGGAUUUCACGGAUAACUCAGGAGGAGAAAGAGGCGGUGCGCCAGUUUAAACAGGCCCUUGGUUCUCAUGCUCUACAAUUGUCCAUUGUGGUUUUUACCCAUGGAGAUUGUCUGGAAGAUGGAGUUUCUGUGAAGCAGUGUAUGAUAGACAUGUGCCCAUACCUGGAGGAACUGGUGGCAGAAUGUGGCGGGAGGUAUUGUGUCUUCAACAACCAAAGCUCCGGGAGCAAGGAGAAGACAUCUGAGCUGCUUGCCAUCGUGGACCGCAUGAUGAAGGAUAAUGGAGGAACCUGCUACACCAGCAAGAUGCUUCAGAAAGCAGAGGAGGAUCUGGUUGGCAUGCAGCAGGAGGAGCGACGUUUGCUGAGACACAAAGAGAAGCAGCUCAAAAUGAAACAUGAGGAACAUAUUAAAAUCAGGUAUGAAAGAGAACUUGAGAAACUUCAGCAAAAAAGUGGAAGCGCGAUUCAGGAGAUGGCAAGACUGAUACCAAUCCAGAUGGAGGAGGCGGAGAGGAGAGAAAAUCUUAAAGACAGAAUGGAAGAAGUUCCCAAAAUACUUGAGGAAGCAGCCAGCAGGGAGAAUAAUCUUGGACACGGUACGGAAGAGAUGGUGAAAAUACAUAAUGAGGAAAAUGAAAGAAAAGAAAUUGCCAUCAGACAGACAGAAGAAAUAAAGAGAGAAGCUUUGCAGGAAGAACAGGAUAAACUCUUCUCAAAUUCAGAGGAGGCAAAAAAGCGGAAGAAGCAAAUGGAGGAUUUGCUCAAACACCAGAGUGAGGACGAUUGGGCGACACAAAUGGAAAAACUACGAAAAGACAAAAUAAAUAUUGAAUCCCUCAUGCGGCAGCUCAAACUCCUCAAGGUGAAGACAGAUGAGUACAAACGCAGAGAAGCAAACCUCAAGAGACAGUUGGAGCGGAGAGAGAGAGAAGCGUGUUCCGUGUGUUCUUCACGGCCGAGCAACGUGAUCAUCAGGAAAAAUCGUGAGGACAGCACUGUGAUGCAUGUGACUGGAUUUGUGCAGGAGAUGGGACUCAUAGGGCUCAAUGCAUCCUUACAGGUUGCCAGGAAUUCCUGUUGUAUACAGUAA